GGGACGACUUGCAGGGCCAUGGCGAUGGCGGCGUCUACAGGAGGUGCCGGCGACGGUGUUCGCACCAGUUCCAAAUGGCUGGAUGCCUACUAUGAUCCAGUAGCCAAUUUGCACACUUUUUCCUCAUGUGUCACUCUGGCUGACCUACAUGGGGAUGGAGACGACAAGCUAGUGGUGGGCAAUUUUGGCUCGACGGGCCAUGAGAUGAAACUAAAGGUCUACCAGGGUACCACCCUUUUGAGUGAAAACACCCUGCCGGAUUUACCCACAAGCGUGGUUUCCUUUCUGAUGGAGCUACACGAGCCCUGCACGCCAGCCCUGGCUGUGGCUUCUGGGCCGUAUAUCUACGUCUACAAGAAUCUGCGUCCCUACUUCAAAUUUACUCUGCCACUGAUGGAGCCCAACCCAAUGGAGAAAGUGGUCUGGGACCAGGCAAAGGAGGACAAGGUUGAUCUUCUGUCAAUGAAAGAGAUGCUGGAAGCCAUCAGAGAAAAUGCCGAAAUGCCCCUCUCGGUGCAGUCUUUGAGAUUCCUGACCCUUGAACUCUCUGAGAUGGAGUCCUUUGUGAACCAGCAUAAGUUCCAGCCCAUCAAACGUCAGACGGUGAUCACCUGUAUGGCCACUCUGAAGAAGAACCGUGUGGAAGAGGACGCGAUCAGCUGCUUGGUGGUCGGGACGGAGAACAUGGAAAUCCUGAUCCUGGACCCCGAAGCCUUCACCAUCUUGUCAAAAGUGGCCAUACCAAGUGUGCCCGCCUUUCUGGACAUCGCAGGCCAGUUUGACGUGGAAUACUAUCUCACCGUGGCGUGUCGGAACGGUAGCGUUUACAUUCUUCGCAGGGAUUCCAAACGGCCCAAAUAUUGCAUCGAACUGAGCUCCCAGGCUGUGGGUUUGGUUCGAGUCCAGAAGAACAUCAUGGUGGCUUGUUCAGAUGAGACGCUACGAGGCUACAACCAGAAGGGAAAGAAGCUCUGGACAGUGACGUUGUCAGCGGCCCCCGUCACUUUGGGCCUCAUGGAUGAGAAAUUGCAAAGCUUCCAGGCUGUGUUGGUGUCGCUGGCAAACAGGGAAAUCCAUGUUUUCCGGGACAAAAACCUUGUCAAUGUCAUCCAGGUGCCGGACGUCGUCACCAGCAUCGCUUUCGGCCACUACGGACGAGAGGACAACACCCUCAUCAUGACAACCAAAGGUGGGGGUCUCAUCAUCAAGAUCUUGAAACGCAACAGCACUUUCCAUAAGGGGGAUGCCACAGCCGGUGCUCCUGUGACCCAGAGCACCAAACUCAACGUGCCCAAGAAAACAAAACUCUACGUGGACCAGACGCUGCGGGAACGAGAGUGUGGAGUGGCCAUGCACCAAGUCUUUCAGACGGACCUCAGACGCAUCCGUCUCACGGCGGCCCGUGCUUACGUCCGGGCGCUGGAGUGCAGUAUGGCCCCCAUCUCUGAGUCCCUGCAGGAGCCGCUCAAGCUGAACGCCGUGGUGCAGGGCAUGGGCCCCACUUUCAAACUGUGUCUUAAUCUCCAGAACAUGUCCGAGAAUCGCGCGAUAGCAAAUCUCCUCGUUUGCUUCAUUUACGACGAAAACCAUUAUUCUGUCGAACGUCCGUUCUUCAAGGCUCCGAUGUUGAUCCCGGGACUGAAUUAUCGUUUAGCCACCUUUGUUGAGUGUCUCAGCGACCAAGCGAUCUCGGAUGUUAUCAAGGUGUUUGUGCUCAAGGAGGGCAGCAGCCAGCCGCUGCUCACAGCCCACAUUAGCAUGCCCGUGAGCGAAGGCUUGGCAGCGACGUGAACCACCUUCUGAGGGGAGACCCGAGCUCAUCCAUCUCGGCGCAGUCUUUCUUGACCGGCGUGGCGCGGCGACUGGAAACUGGGGAGAGAGAGAGAGAGGAACCGCAAUGCUGGAACGAAUAGCUUCUUCUCAAAUGUAGGAAGAAGAUUCCCCGUGUGCUGCUAAGGAGCAACGAGCCACACACAGGGAGAAACCAGGUUAGAAUUAGCUACCAAACGGCAGUGUGAGGCUAGGAGGCCAAAACAGCUCAAUAAAUUAUAUUUAUCCUGCAGCCUAAAAGAAAAGGAGCCGUCCCUGUUUUAACAGGAACAAACGGUUCUGCAAGGGGAAAAAAAAAUCCCUUGAACUGUACUUUCCUGGACUUGGUUUAGGACAGGGGUGUCCAAACUUCAACCACUUUUAAGACCCAUGGACUUCCAACAUCCCAGAAUUCCCCAGCCAGACAUUCAGUGUCAGAGCUUUGGCUUGGAGCCUGGUUGAUAUCCCUCCAUCAAACCACCGGGGAAAGGAGGUAUCAGACUGUUCUGACCCAGGCUUAGCCGAACCAAGAAACAGACUCCUUAUCCCGA